GUCGGAAGCUGCCGGUUAGUGGCCAGAGAGGACCCAGGUGUCCGGACAGUGGACGCGCGGCGAGGAGUUGGAGAUGUGCACCUAGAGAGGCGCAUCUGGGUACACAUCCGGCACAGCGACCCUUGCCACCUGCCUCUCCACCCACCCACCAAGGUCCUUGCUACCCUGGCGCCACCACGCUGCCUUGAGAGUCACUCAAAAGUGGGGCCCCAGGGCUUGGAUCAGCAUGGGCACCGAGAACGAAAGCCCAGAGCCGGACUGCCGGACCCAGUUCCAGGCUGCAGUCAGCGUCAUUCAGAACCUACCUAAGAACGGCACUUACCGUCCCUCCUACGAAGAGAUGCUGCGAUUCUACAGCUACUACAAGCAGGCUACCAUGGGGCCCUGCCUGGUCCCCCGGCCUGGAUUUUGGGACCCCAUCGGACGAUAUAAGUGGGAUGCCUGGAACAGCCUGGGCAAGAUGAGCAGGGAGGAGGCCAUGUCUGCCUACAUCACUGAGAUGAAGCUGGUGGCACAGAAGGUGAUCGACACAGUGCCCCUGGGCGAGGUGGCAGAAGACAUGUUUGGUUACUUCGAGCCCCUGUACCAGGUGAUCCCUGACAUGCCAAGGCCCCCAGAGACCUUCCUGAAAAGGGUCACAGGUUGCAAAAAGCAGGUACUGAAUGGAGAUGUCGGGGCUGUUCGAGAGCCUCCCUGCCUCCCCAAGGAACCAGUACCCCCAAGCCCAGAGUCCCAGCUGCCCAAGGACCUGGACUCUGAGGUUUUCUGUGAUUCCCUGGAGCAGCUGGAGCCUGAGCUGGUUUGGGCAGAACAGAGGGGAGCCCCUGGAGGAGAGCCUGACACCAGGAAGAGCCCCGUGCCCCCUGCACAGAAGGAAGGGUUGGGAGGCAGCCUGCUGGGCCCCCAGGAAUUGGACACGUGGCUGGUGGGGACAGUUCGGGCACUGCAGGAGAGCAUGCGGGAUGUACAGAGGAGACUGCAGAGCUUGGAGAGCAUGCCCCGACCCCCUAAGCAGCAGAGGCCACGGCCCAGUGCUCGGCCUUGGCCCCUCAGGCUCUCGGGUCCCACGCUGCUCUUCCUCCUCCUGUGGCCCUUCGUCGUCCAGUGGCUCUUUUGGACUCGGAAGAGGUGACUCUCGGUGAAGGGGUCUCUACAGCCAACCGAGGAGGCUGGGAGCCUCAGUCUUGCUGGGCCAGGGUUUCGGAGAACAGCGUUAAGAAUCCCUCCUCCCAUCGAUGUCUGUCUGGGAACCCCCUCCCCUAAUGGGGGUGCCAGAUAAGAUCCCGCCCUUCCCUGCUGUUUCACAGGGACGCUCCCUCCCCUCCCCCAGCCACCCGGGCUCUCCCGGAGGCUGCAGCGUGGGGCACAUCCCCGGUUCUGGGUUGGCCUUGACGCGGGGGCGGGGCUGCCUGGUCUCAGCCCUUGCCCUCCCCAGCCGCCGGUCACCUGACUUUCUUCCCACCCUAGCUUCUCCCCGAGGAGGUUCAGUUCUUGGGCAAGUUGGGACUUGGGCCGGGGCCUGGAAGGCUGAUUGGCUGGUAGGCGCAGGAGGGAGGCCGGGAGGCCGGGAGGCGUUGGGAGGAGAGAGCAGGCCCCGCGGGAGCGGGAGCGGGGUGAGCACCGCUUUGCUCGCCUCCCUCCCUGGCGGCCCCCCCUCCCCGACACACUCAGGACGACUUCACCGAAGAUUCACUUACAAAUGAAUGUUUCACUAAAUAAAAUAAAAUCAUUUUCUGCCGUCUGGGCCCCCACGGAGGGAGCGGGAAGCGGAGUCUGGG